GAGAUUUCCGUCAAAGCGCACGAGAUUUUGCGUGGGAAAGUGGGAGCACAGCGGGGUGGGAACCCCGAAGCACUAGAAGCUGGUGGCCUUGCCUACCUGUAUCAGCGCCGACCCUAAUCCUUGGACCUAGGCUGGGAAGGGACCUGUUUCCCAAGUGUCCCUUGGGAACAUUGAGGAGACUCGGAAGGCUUCCUGGAGGCGGUGACUUGAAGCAGAGCCCUAAAAGACAGAUUCAUUCAUUCACUGACUAUAUAUAGGUGCCUACAUUGUGCAGGACGUUUGGGGACUUGAGGCCUAGUACUGCCGAUUUGUGCCAAAAUUGCUAGCCCCCUCACCCGUGAGUCUCAACACAGAGGAAUGCCAACCAUAUCGGGGUCCGGGGUCUUGACAAAGAUCCCUGUGGCCUACGCCUGCUGACCCCCAUUAGUGCCAGGGCAGGGGCGUGGAUGCCCAGCUGUCAUCACGGUCCGCCUCUGCACAGAGUAGGUGCCCGGCCCGCGACAGCGCGGCCCGCAGCCCCCUCUGGAGCGCGGGCGGGAGCGGCGCGGACUACAUCUCCCAGCAUGCCCCCCGCGGCCCCGGAGCGAGGCGAGGCUCGGUGAGUCAGAGCCGCACAGUAAAUAUUUGUAUUAGUCGGAGCCGGCUCGCUAAUGGUGGACGCGUGAAGCGGAGGAGCGCGUGGCGGCGGGAGGACGGAGCGGGCAGCGCGGCGGCGGCGGCGGCGGUGGCGGCGCCAUGUCCGUGAACAUGGACGAGCUUAAGCACCAGGUCAUGAUCAACCAGUUCGUGCUGACGGCGGGCUGCGCGGCCGACCAGGCGAAGCAGCUGCUGCAGGCGGCCCACUGGCAGUUCGAGACGGCCCUCAGCGCCUUUUUCCAGGAGACUAACAUUCCCUACAGCCACCACCACCACCAGAUGAUGUGCACUCCUGCCAACACCCCUGCCACGCCCCCUAACUUCCCUGAUGCCCUCACCAUGUUCUCUCGUCUCAAGGCCUCCGAGAGCUUCCACAGUGGUGGCAGUGGCAGCCCGAUGGCCGCAACGGCCACGUCGCCCCCACCACACUUCCCCCACGCCGCCACCAGCAGCUUUGCAGCACCCAGUUGGCCGACGGUGGCCUCACCUCCUGGGGGGCCACAGCACCACCAGCUGCAGCAGCCACCCCUGUGGACUCCGGCACCCCCUUCCCCGGCGUCAGACUGGCCACCCCUGGCCCCCCAACAGGCUGCCUCAGAACCAAGGGCCCACCCUACCAUGGAGGCCGAGAGAUAAGGGAGGCCCCUCCCCCCUCCCGGAGGCCAGGACCCCGUGGGGUGGGGGAGAGGACAUCUCCACGGGCCCCCUUCACCCUCCUCUGUCUGCACCCCAUUCCCUGGAACCCUGGAGGGGAGAGCCAGGACCCCCGUGCCAGCACAUAGGCUGUCGGUGCACACACAGAAGCGCAGGCACGCGGCACCCAACUUGCAUGGAUUUGGUUCAGAGUUGUCUGGGUGCUGGUGGACAGAACUUCAGAGACCAAGCAACUUCCCCAGAGGACUCACCGCACCCCAGGGGGCUGCGGAGACUUGGCUGGCUCCUGCCUUGGAGCUCUGGGGCCAGCAGGCCUAGAUCCCCACCCUUGGGAAUGCAAAGCCUUCUCCGCAUGUGUGCGUGUAUCUGUGUCUGUGUAUUUAUACGUAUGUCACUCUUCAAGAAACAAUCUAGUUUAUGGGGAAGCUAGACUUUGCAUGUUAGAGUGAGCCCCCCCAUACCCUUGCCCGCCACCCCUCUCCCCAGGGCCCACCCCUCCCCUCACCUCAGCAGCCAGCCUUGCUGUUCCCUGCAGAGAAAAGAAUUGUGGGAAACUCCAGGACUCUUCCCACCUAUCCCCCAGCGCCUGCCUGCUGGGGUUGUCUGCAUGCCUCCCCCAGAGCCCAGGGGUACCCUAUACCCAUUUCCUUUCCCCCUUUUAACUAAGGAGAAGAAAGAGUUCCAAACCACCACCAGG